AUGAUACAGCUGAACCAGGAACAUCUGGAGCAACGCAUUCUACAUCAGAAUAUGGAACGUCCGCGGGCGUACAAGCCGCAGCUGAAUCCCGGUCUCCGGAUAUUCGUCCUGCAGUCGAUGAUGGAGAUACUCUUGAAGCAUUUACUGUUGCUGUCUUCAGUUCAGCUAAAUACAAGCAACGGAAAAGCUUCAUCCGUUGUUUGUAUUCAGUUGCUCAGCCUAGCCUUAUUCUUUGAUUUUCUUAUUGUACAUUCGUUUGUCUUUGGACGUUCCUGGCAGUCUUUGUCCAACAAAGAACGAUGGGCCAAUUUACGGCGACGUAAAUUGCACGCAGUCCAACUUGGUUGGAUGGUGAAGUAUUUGUCGGAAAAGUGGAAAAUGCAGUCAAAUCAGCUUGCGUCAUCAGAUUCCGAGAAAUGUUAUUCGGUACUUGCAACGCGAGGAGUGCAAUAUUUGGUGAACGAUUUGCUGAACAAUGCACGAGAUGAAGGCAGGCUAAUGAAUCGGUUAAGGGGAUUGUCUGUAAGAGAGCGCGAGGUUGCAAUGGCGCGUUUCAUAACGUUGUAUCUGAAAAGGGCUUACGCUGGGAUCGUCACGCAAUCACUGAGAGGAAACGACGCGCUGCGAACAGGAGAUGCUCAGCGACCGGUUGGGAAUCGAAGUUUAGUUGUUCGGCAGGGUGCUACGGAGCGAUCACAUCGAAAGAGAUCUGUAGAGACACAAACCACUGCUACUACAUUAUUGCUGCGCAAAAGAGGACGACGGAGUGACGAUAUUCAGCGGUUUGCGAAUUCAUCGCUGUUGUGGCGACUGUUCAUUUCUUUAUCUCCGGGAAUUAAAAUCUCUUUACGCGGGUGGUACGUACCGUUGACAUAUAAUCCAACUAUAGUUCCUAUAUUUCGAUUGGUUUGUAACAUAUGUAACCUGUUAUUGACUACUUCGCCGGUGUCCCCCAGUCAUUUUCGCUUGUGCCCGAACUGCUUCAAAAGUAAGGCUUUUUUUGAAAAAUCUAAUAAAAAAUCUCGUAAAAAUAUGCCGUUCACGAGUAGCGUGCGUGUUGUUAUUGUUUAUGAUCUUGAAUCGUGA